GUGUAAUCUGGUCAUAAUUAGCGUGAUCAACGUUUUGUCUUGUAAUGUAAUGCAGGAUGUAACUGCAUGUGUACAAAAUUGAUAUAAUCAUCCGGAACAAACGUCAUUUAGGGAUAUUGACACAAGUGAAGUAAAUAGAUAAACGGGAUUCGUUAGUUGCAAAGGUGCUCGCUUUGUUUUUUGUCCUUUCUACAUGGGAACCACUGACAUUUUUGCUGUAUUGGGAUUACUAUCUUAUCUAGUUGAUGUUACAGCUGGUACCAUUUGUACGCAUGCGUACAUACAAAGUUAUUACAUCUCCGGAAGAAUACGAUACCGGAAGCGGUACACAGAUAUCUACUGCUCAGACAGUUGCUGUGGAGAUAUCAAUUCACAAUAUUGUUGUGAUUUCGUUCAAGGACAAACCACAUCAGUUAGCGAGAUUGUAGGGAUCGUUAUAGGGACACUAACAGGGUGUCUGGUGUUGUUGUUUUUCUGUGUUUGUGUCUGGCUGGCUACGUCUAAACAACGCCGUGAUAACAGACAAAGGACAGUGCCAAAUGUAACACACAUAAGUGGCAAUUUGCGGCGUAGUACACAGGGAGACAUAAGUUUACCUCCUACCUACGAAGAGACGGUAUUGGGCUAUGACAAUAAUGGUUUCUCCCCAGAAUGGUACUCCCAGCCGCCUUCAUACAACGAAGUUUUUAGUUAUGAGACUCUUAAAAGAGAACAAGAAACAGACUAUUUUCCAGAAAAUGUUCCGAAUGUAAGCAACGAACAAGAGAUAUGUCAACAGGCAAUUCGGAACACAGACGUUUAUGUAAACACCAGUGAAAUCUCACGAGAUUAUACUAGGUCCGAAAGUGUGACUUCAGAUUCCAUACUGCUGCAAUACAACAGGGAAAAUGAUAGCAUAAUUACGGAUAUAAUGACUUCUUCAAAUGUUGACCACGUGGACAGUGAAACAGAAAGGACUUCUGAAGUGGAUGAAAAUCCAGUGGUGACGGUAACGGGACCUCAAAGUUCUAUUUAUAGUAUAGGCUGAUAUUUGGAGGUUCUAUGGCUCUGUCCAAGAAAAAAAAGAAAAAAAAAGAAGAGUUCUUAAUAUUUAUGCUCUAUUGUUGAAAUAAAUGAAAUUCUGUUCUAUGUUAAGAACAAAUAGUUUAGGACUUGGAAAUUGUUCUAGCUCAGUGAGGUCUGACACACAGAUGUGAUUGUCUGUGAUAUACAUUUAUGAA